AUGAAGAAGACUCUAGGACCAGUCGUAGUGAUCGAUACCAACCCAGCUCGAUUCACACACAACAACCUUCCUUCUUCCACCAAUCUCAACACGGACGGCAACGCCACGAAAGAGCCCAAAGGUGGAUUUUGGUCUUCGGAGGAUGAUAAAAACAAUCAAGCUACAUACCUGAUUUUUCCCAUUUUCGCUGCAUUUGUGUUAAUCUUACUUUCGUCGUUGUCUACUCCGAUCAUCGAUGGAUUGAGUAUUGCGAAUGUUAAAGUGGAUGGUGGUGGGACGGUCAAGGUAGGCACGUGGGGUUGGUGUAUCAGUGGAUUUGAUGGUAUCGAAAAUCAAUGUUCUGCCGACAAAGGAUUUAACCUAGAUCUAUGGGCUACUUUGAAUACUUUACCGGACCCUCUCAAAUCGUUAAAAAGUAUAAGUAAGAAUAUCGAUAUAGAUUAUCUAAUUGGGAGUGGGGUGAUGCAUAUUUUAGCAACCUUAUCAGUCUGGUUGACACUUUGUUGGACCCUGGCUUCGUCCGGCUCAUGGACAAACAAAGAGAGACACGCAUAUGAUUGGACCAAAUGGGCUUUCAACGGUGCUGGAUUCAGUACUGUCUUUGUUCUGAUUGCUUGGUCAUUGGAUAUUGGAAUGUUGACUCGAAUGCAAUCGGUUUCAAGCGAUGUUUUAGUUGAUGAUAAAUAUAAUAAUUCAUUAUCGGUCAAACCAGGCCCAGCGAUAUUCAUGAACCUUUUCUCAUUCCUUCUCUACCCAGUUGAACUAUCAAAGGUCACUCUGAUUUCCAUAAUCCACCCGACUCAGCUGCUUUACCUCCCAACGAAGACUCUCCACCUACUUGGGAAUCUUGAUCAACGUGGAUUUAUCGUUUAA